AUGCUUAAUACUUUAUUGUUUUUAAUUUACUUAGUAUAGGGAGGGUACAUAUCUACAUGGGAUUUUGGCUAUGAAUACGAUAUAGAGGGGAAGCUAAGUCUGAUAGAAAUUCCAUUUAGUUUAGAAACAACGAUAAAUCGUGGAUAUAUUUAAUUUGGAGGAGCUGAUUUACAUAAAACAUAGGUAAUAGUUAUAAUAAAUGGUUUCAGAUGUCUGAAGUUAUUUUUAAAAUUACAACAUUAGAUGGUGUUCUGGUAUAGACAAGCACUGCUUCAUUGAUAACUUAGCCAUCAUUUUCAUUGGAUUAUUAUUUUAAGGUGUCAGUACAAUUGGAUGCUGCAAUAUGGUAUAUAUUGUCGAUAUAUCCAACAUCAGUAGAGAGUGGAUUUUACUAUGAACCAAUAAUCUUAAGGACUAUAAGUAGUUUGGAUGAUAAUGCAAUGGUUUAUGAUUACAAUUAUCGAGCUGGCCAUUUAAAUGUUGAUGAAUUACCUCCAUCAGGAAUGACUGUUACAUUCUUUGUUGAUGACCAUCUCUAUCCAAAUCAUAAAUCUCCUGGUGCUUAAUAUGUUAUCACAAUCUUUAUUACUCCAAGAUAGAGUAUAUAUGGAGCACAAAUUGAAUUGCAAAUUGUUUAAGGCUAACACACUGAUGGAAUAGAUGAUAAUGAUUUUAAAAUACUUUCAAAAUCAUGUUGGAGCAAAUUUUAAAGUUAUACUUGUUCAACAACAGAAAAAUCAAUUAAAUUAAUCACAUAAGAUGAUAUAAUUUCUAAUACUUAAUUAUAAAUAUAAUUUGGAGUUGAAAAUCCUGGAUUUGAGUCUGGAAGAGACAUUCGAGUUGUGACUAAAUCUCCAACUUAGGGUAAUCGGAUUAUUGAAAAGGGAUUUAGAUCUAAUGUGUUUGUUGUAGAUAAAAUACCAACACAAUUUGAAGGAGUUAAUUAUUUAUGGGGCAUAGAUUAUUUAGAGGAUCUAACUGAUACUUAAGUUGGAUUAUUUAGACUUUAAAAUUCAGCCCAAAUGAAAGGACCUUAUAAUUCACUCAAAGUUUCUUUUUCUGUUUAAUCUUCAGCAAAUUUGGUCUUUCCAUUGGUUGUUAAAGUUAAUUUAAAUUGUAUUCAUGCAUUAAGUUAUGCAACCAAACAUAAUUUUCCAUCCUUUAAUGAUGAAAAUCCUGUGUAUUGUGAAUUUGUUACUGAUUCCAUUCUUUGUCAUAAUGUUGGAACACUCUCUGCAUCCAGCAUCUAUUUUAUUUCAACAAAGGCAUUAUAUGAUGCAGCUUCAGUUUCAAUAGAAUUUGGUAAACUAAGUUUUUAUUUGGAAUAGACUGUUACUCCAAAUACAUUAUAUAUUUAUUUAGAAAAUCCAGGAAUUACUAUCACAUAUCUUUAAGAUAGUCAUUUUCUAGAUUUGACUGGAUGGCACAACCCAUCAGGAGGACUUUUGGGAUAAACUCAAGUCACUUCAAUCCCUACUGAUACAUUAUCAAAUGUUGAUGCUGUUUUUGGAAGUACUGGUACAAUUGGUAUUGUUAAUGGUGACAAAAUGCUGUUAUUCUUUAUUAAGGUGUUAAAUAGUCAAAUUUGGGAUGGCACUGUAGUAAACUGUCUAUCAGCUUCUAAUUUUUAUAUUAAAAUGACUAUUAUGAUGAAUAGUCCUGUGUUACAUAGUGAUUAAUAGAAUGCUCCAAAGAAAAUGUAGUAUAUUGCGAAUGAUGGUGGUGGUGUGUUUAGUGAUGAACAAUUUAUAUGUGUUUCAAAAGGCUUAUGUGAUAUUGGAAAUCAAAAUACAUAUUAAAUUUAUUCCUCUUCUAAUACAGGUUAUGGAAUAGCUACUUUUAUAACAGGAGGAGGAUGUACCAGUAAUUUUGUUACUGAGAAUAACAACUUUAUAGGAACAUCUGCUUCAACUCCUGGUUAAUAAGGGAUUAUCGGAAUUCCAGUUACUUUUUCACCAACUUUUGUAUAAUCAUCCUAGUAUGCUGAUGAAUAUUUAUUAGAUUUCAUUAUCAAUUUCUAUAAAGUUGAUUCCUCAACAUAAACUAAAAUAAGUUAACAUCUAAUUAAUGCAUAUACAAUUAAUCGAGUAAAUGAAUUGUAAGUCAGUUUUGUGAAUUAUUAUAUGGGUACAACAACAGGAAAUGAUGGUUCUUUUAUUCCUACUUUAUUAAGAAUUAAAAUACCUUCAUUAACUGUGUCUUUUGAUAAAAUUCAAGUCUUUUUUGAUUCAAAAAUUAAGUUAUUUACAUCAUAUUCAGAUUGUCAUAAAUUUAAUGCCUAAAAUGGACCUUCUGAGGCUUGGAUGUUACAUCAAUCAGUUGUUUGUGAUAAGUCUAAUUAAAUCUUAAUUCCAAUAAUUCCUCAAGGAUUGACUUAUACUCUUCAUAUUGCAUUAACAACCUAAAUAGAUGGAAUAUUAACUCACAUUCCAAUCAAAGUAUAUAGACCAUUUGGAUUACCUGUCAAAGGAGAAACCAGAAAGUUUCUUGCUAGUUAAUUUAGUGUAGAAGCAGCUGAUUUAACAUUCCCAUUUGUGAGAGCACCAUUUGUAUUUGAUAUGCACAUUGAUGCAACCAAAUUUAAGGAUGCUUCAGCUUAUUUAGAUUUAGAGAUUUCAACAACCUCUACAACUAAUGUAGAUUUAGAAUAAAAUUAAAACUAAUAAAUUGGAGCUGGCUUAACUUUAACUAGUAUUGAUGUAAAUGUAUUUGAUGAAGCUACUAUUCAAUCAUAUUUUGGUUAAUUAGAAUGUGUAUAAUUUGUGUAUAAUACCAAUAUUUAUACUACAUUUUGUCCUUUCGAUAGUCAGAUUCAUUAUCCUUUACAAAUUAGCAAUCAAGUUGUUAUACUAUAUGGUAGAUAUACAAAAAUUGGUUCAUUUAUUUCAUAUGCACUGUCAAACUCUAAAGGAAUCCUACAAGCAGCACUAUAAGAUUCAGGUGUAAUUGAUAGAUAACUGUAUACAUGUAAAUUAGACAGCACUAGUUAGAUAUUCACUAACUCUUUAGGUUAAUAAAGACUCUAGUUUCCUAUUAGAUUCAGUUCAUCAAUUAAAAUAGGAGGAAUCUAUUAUGGAUCUAUAAAAAUUGUUAUCACUUUUACAGUUGCAAUAAGUGGUGUUAAUAUUGUUACAUCAACUAAUUAAUGCUCCAUUGAAGGAGUUAAUAAUAUUGUGUGUACAUAUACAUCUACAGCUACAAUAAUCACUGUUUCCUUAACAAGCUCUGUUUCUUAAGUAAUACAAGCCAAUACUGUCAUUUAAUUAACUUUUAUGAUUUAAUCUACUUAUGGAUUACCAUCAUUUGGUAGUAAUCAGCCAUUCAAAGUUUAGAUUUAUGUGCCAACUAUUAGGAGUGGUAAAACAUAACCUUAUGGUGAUACUUAUGAUACCCCUGCAGUAUUAUAAGAAUAAUGCAAUUAUAAUUUAUUAAAUUUGUAGAACACUUAAUUAGGUAAAAUAUUUUAUGUUGGUAAUCUAAAAUUAGAAACACCCACUCAAAAUGGUGUUGGAAAAUUGAUCUUCGAUUUUAAAUUGUAGAGUGCCAGAGAAUACCUCUCAUCUACCUAAUAAUAUAUCUUAUUAUCUCUAGGAUUUCUAAGAGAUUAAAAUAUGGAAAGUAAUAAGUUAAAAUGCCAGAUUUACCAAGGCUAACAAUUAUCAAAAUUGAUCUAUUCUAUUGAUACUUCGACAAUGCCAAAUAUUAUCAUCAAAUUUAAUUAAGACAUUACAAAUCCACAUCAUAUUUUAUUUACUAUGAAAUGCAAAAAUUUUGAGACUCCUACAAAUGCAUUUUCAGCAGAAUCUCUAAUCGGGAGAUUAAUUGAUUCUGUUGGAAUUACUACUAUUCAAAGUAGCACACCAAUAGGAUAUUCAUAAUUGAAUACAAUAUCAUAUAUUCCAAAAGGAUAAAUUUUGUUACAAUCUAAAACUUUGAAUAGUCCUGGAUUUGAUGCCAUUUAUGAAUUUGCUAUUAAAAAUGCAGAUCUUAAAAUACUGUUAACUUACCUAAUUAAAUUGCAAUUUCAUGAAGGAAUUUCAUUGAAUCCAUUUGUCUCAUGCUAAUUAAAUAAUACAUUUUGUUAUUGUGCUCUAAAGGAUGGAAUUUACAUUAUAGAUGUGUGUAUGGUAAUAAAACCAGAAGAAGUAGCUACUUUAAGAAUUACUCUAUCUCAACCAAAUCGAUUACAUUGGCCAUUAUUACCAUCAAUUUAUAUUUGUAUAGAUAAAGACGAUGAUUUUACCAACGGGGUUUAUAUGCAAGAAAUACUAACAGAUACACUAUCAGAUGAAUACUAAACAUAACCUAUUGAAGUAGUAGAUACAACAUUAAGUAGUUAUUAUAUUAGAACAUCUUAAACUCAUAAAUUAACAUUGCUAUUACCAUCUGGUUCAGUUAUGAAUGAUAACACCUUAUUUAUAGAAUUCCCAUCUUUUUAUAUGGAUUCCUUAAGUAGAGCUUCUACAAUAACGUGUUAAAUUAACAGAGAUGAUGACAUCACUAAAACUAAUUUUACUUCUGCUUGUAAAAUCAUCAGUAGACAAUACGUUCGCAUGAUCUUAUCAGAAGACAGUGCUAAUAAUUUAAUCAAACAGUAUUCAAUUGAAUUAGGAAACAUUCCUUUGCCAGAAGCCAAAGUCCCUGAUGAACCAAUCAAUCAUUUUAGACUUAAGGUACAUAUUAUCUAAAGUGGAAAUUAUAAAGUAAAAUUUACAUCAGCAUUUUAUUAUUCCACUCCUCUGUCAUUAAUCUAAGAAGAUAAACAAGAUGUCAUCUGGUCAGGUGGAUUAUUUAAUUAUGAAAGAGAUGAAAAUUUAAAUAUUAUUGAUGAAACCACCAAAAUCAUUAAUGUUUUCAUUGGUACUUAUCGUACACUGAUUUCAUUACAACCAAUUUCUUAAUCAAAUUUUAAAGAAACUUUCGGAUUUCAAAGAAACAUACUAAAAACGUUUCCAUCUAUACUUUCAGCUAGUAGUGGCUCUAAAAACUCGUAAUUUCUUGUUGGAGCUGAUCCUAGCAUUACUGUAGGUUAUUCAGUCUAUAAAUUUUCUAAAUUAACAGGUGGAUCUAAUUAUGUCAGUGUUUUACCUAACAUUUAUACCAAUAUCAUCAAUUCCCCUUGUUAAUUAAGUACUCAGCAAACCACUUAUACUCUACCUUAAGGAGGUACUACAUAACCAAUUAUUAUUAACAUAUAAAAUUGUUACCCUAUGUCAGAUUUACGUAUACAAAUCAUAAACAAUAAUUCAGCUUUGAAUGUCAUUUCUAACAAUCCUUAGAAUAUCAUCUACUCAGGAACUAGUUUAUAUAAACUAUAUUUUGAUAAAUAUGAAUUCAUUUGGUAAGUAAAUAAUAAUGAUACAGUCUUAGAAAUUGAAACUAAAGUUGAAUUAUCAUUUGCUUUAACAGGUGUUAGUGCCCCUUAUUAUUAACCACCACCUAAUAUUAUUAUUGAAAUUACUGCUUCACCUUCAGAUUUUCCGGUCUUAGAAUUUGAUUCCUAACCAGUAGCCUAUAAAAAUGACAUCAAAUUUGCAUUUAAAUGCAAUAAUAUUGGAACACUCCUUUGGGUUAUCGGAUGUGGAGGGGAUAUCACUUAUAUUCCCUUAGAAGAAAUUUAUAAUAAAACCAUAUUUUAAGGGUAUUCAAGAACUCAACGUAAUGUUAGUGAUGUAGAAUGGAAAAUUUAUGGCUUCUAAUUAAUAAAUGGUAUUGCUUAAGAACAUUUUAGUGGAUUGAAGUCUUUCUCAGAUUAUACUAUUCAAGCUUAUUGCGCUGACUUAGUAGGUGUAUCUAGUGAAGCUCUUAUUUAUAAUUGGUAAACAAGAUUCAAUGGGGGAAAUGGAAUAAAAUUAAAUAUUACAUUUUCUAGUCCUUUAACAUCAAUAUAAUAAUUAGAAUUAAUUUGUGGAGUCAACUUUAUAUUUACUAUUGAUUACAAUAGAAUCACUGAUGCUAAAGGUUAAAUGUGCAACAUAGAAACUCUUGAUAUUCUUUCCUUAUCCUCUAAUGAUGUUGCUAGCACUUUAACAGGAGUUUCCACUUCUUACUACAUAUAUUUUUAACCAGAUUUAUCUUUAAUGGAUGAAACUAUAAAUUAAGUUGUAUUAACAGCUUUAAAUGACAAAAAAGCAUUCAUUUCCUUACUAUCCAAUAAAAUGAGCAUAGAUCCAGAAGAAGAUCCUACAAUUUUUGAUGUUACAUAUUCUGAACCAGAUCAAUCAAUAAAACCUGAUUUAAACUUUACUAAUCCAGAAAUAGGAUCUAUUAAUGCAACUAUGAAUUUUACAUUAUAUAAAGCUAAAGGAUAUGUUGGAAUAGGAAUAGAACAAACUGAUACAGCAUAACUUCCAACAAUCGCUUAAAUUAGAAAAUCAAUUAACUUUCUUGGAAGAUCUUUACAUUAGAGUUUUCUUCUCUUUUUUAAUUAUUCAAGCCCCAUCUAAAAUUAAACCUAGUAAGUAUGGUUUACUAAUUUGAGUCCUAAUUUAAAAUAUAAGGUAUAUUUCUACAUUAUCAAUUUUAAGAUUUAUUGGUUUUAUUCAAAUGAUGACACAGGGGCAUUAGCUAAAGUUUCUAAUGUAUCUUUUGUACAAAUUCAGACUACUCCCAACCAAACUUAUAGUGGUGGAAGAAUCCAGUUUCUUCUACUCAUUAUGAUAUUGAUAUUAAUAUAUUGA